GAUAACUAUUCACCAUAUAUAGUUACCGUAAAAGCCAACUGAACUGUUGAUUGGCUUGCUAAUGCUGGAGUGGAUUUAGAGCAUCGGUUUAAGCUCUUUGAUCAAGACGGACCCUUCAGAUCUUUGUGCUAAUCUAUUGGAGGACUUGGGAGGAGGUACUAUUACAAGGAAGGUUCCGGGCUUUGGCGGCUUGAUUACUUGUUGUAGUCUUUUUGUUUUUGUCGUUUUGUGUUUGGUUUUUUUCCUGCCUUUUUAAUUUCUAGUUUUGCUGGUUUCUCUUGUUUUUCAAGGGCUGCUCCUCCUUCAUCAAAAAAAAAAAAAAAAACAAACUAUUUUAUGUUAUUCUUCUUAAUUAAGAAAGACACUAAUUAUUAAUAAAUAUUACUAAAAUAACAACCGAUAUUAUUGUUUUUUUAAAUCUAUUAAUUAUUAUUGAAACAAAAUAUGCUGACAUUAUUAAGGGACACAUGUCAACUUCUCAUGAAAAAUUUUCCCGCCUAAACUAUUUUUGACAUAAUUUUUUUUUUCCUCUCUUUAUUUCCUUCUAAGUUUCAAGACUAAAAAAAAUACAAUACUUCUUUCAAAAUUAAUUAAUCAAAUUAUAAUUACACUUUUUUCUAAUAAAGAAUAUUAACAACCAUUUUAAACAAAUAAUAACUAUUUAAUCCGUUCAACGCACUGGACUAAACUAGUAAAUAAAUAAAUAUCCUUUCUCAAAAAAAAAAAAAAAGAAAAAAAAAAGGUUAAAUACCCUAACUCGAUCAGGCGAUCAUUAAGAAAAAGAAGUCAAACAAAAACAUCCCUCCAUAACAAACUCAUCUUCACUUCUUCAAUUUCAUCAUUCUCAUUUUUCAGUUUUCUUUUCGUUGCUUUUUCUCACAAAAAACCAUGGUUAUUGAUUUUCAACAAUCAAAUUCCGAUGACAUUCAUUCUCAUCUUCCCAAUCAAGUUACGCAUUUCAACUCCGGAAAUAAUAGGAAUGCAUCUGGAGAUCAAUAUAAUGGAGAAAUCAAUAUUGACUGCAACAAGUUACAUCAUAUAUAUUGUACCUGUGAGAAUUGGAAGUUUAUGCCCGAUGAAGUAAAGCUUGAAUAUACAGACAUAGAAGAAGUUGGAAAAAGUAUUUCUGAAGUGGUGAACAAUAUUGUAUUGAAGAACUCAGGUAAUGAUAUGACACAUCCCGAUUUAGGGGUUUUUCUCUUCUUUUUAAAUACUGUAACAAUAAUGGAAUGAGUAUUGUUAAUUUCUGUGCCAUUUUUCAAGAA